AUGCAAUUUUCAACUCUCUUUACCCCAGUGGCCUUCGCUAUCCUGAGCAUCUCUGAACUAGCAUCCGCCCACACCGUUUUCGUCGAUGCCUGGGGAAAUCAAAAUCCUAAUCUACGCGGACACGGUCUAGGAUACGAUAGAAACACACCAAGAGUGGGACCUCAUCAUCUAUUCGCUCUUCAGCACGAUGUCGUAGUCUUUAAUGAACAAGUCACACACAAUUGGAAGGAUAUGAGGGGUAAGUGGCUUGGAGGAUGCGGUGUUACAGCACUCUCAAAUGCGCACUGGUUCAAAUCAGCCGACCCGAAAGAAUGGAAUGCCAUUGCAGCAAGGGGAGGAGAGUGGCACUUUAUGAGGAAAGUAGCGCCACCGAAAGCCCGCGUCGAUGUUGCGUGGUCGAUCGAUCAGAUGAGUAAAUAUGAAGCUCGUGGGGAAAUAAGGCACGACAAAGCUCUCAACAAGGGCCUCAGAACUGGUAUUCCUAGGGUUACGGCAGGUGGAUUCUUGAAUAUCGUGUCUUUUCAGGUCAACGCGGAUGGAGCCGGUCCUUUUAUAUGUGCGAUUGACUAUUCCGGCCGCGGGUCUUGGACGAACAUAGCUGUCACUCAAACUUGUUCUCAAAAACACGGCUCGGUAGAUCCUUGGACCGUUAGGAAGCCGUGCACUAUCACUAUCAAGUUACCUAAUAACUUGAACUGUCAUGCAAAAUACGGCAAACUUACAGACAUCUGUGUGGUGAGAUGCCAAAACAAUGCAAAAAACGGCCCCUUUGGAGGUUGCGUUCCUAUGCAACAAGUAAAGCCGAAACCUAAGGUGGUGGCGAAACCAGUUCCGGUCGUCCGUCCUGUUACCAAAGUUCAACCUGUCAAGCCCGUGCUUAAACCGACGAAGGUUACUCUCCCACCGGGUAGGGCGACCAUCACUGUCGUCAAGCCGAAUGGCAAUACCGCAGUUUCAGUCGUAACUCAAACUGCUACCGUGGUCACCGUCAUCACCCAAGUUUCCCAGCCGCCCCCUAAAGUAUCGAUAUCAGUCGUGACUGAGAUUCAGACAUCAUUAGUCACCGUUGAGCAACCAGUUGCAACCUCGGAGGCACAGUCAGCCGAAACCACUUACUCGAUUGCCCCCCCCAAUCCAGGAGAUAAGGGACUUAGUCCCAAAGAAAUUGAGGAUCUUAUUGCUGGAGAAGAUUACGAUGCUGAACAGAUUGAAGAAAUCAAGAAUGGCGGCUACUAUAAAAAACUUCGAUUCCGCCGGGAGUAA